AAAAAUAUCCGCACCACCCAGAGUAAUAUUCGUUCCUACCAUAAUAAAUAUCCUCACCAACAUUAACUACUAUCUACCUCUCACAGACUAAUAUCCCGCUACACAGCCAAAAUAUCCCCACAUCGCGAACUAAUAUCCUCCAAUCACAUAAUUGUUGGGAUUGAACAAACUGUUGGUUCUGGAUGUUAUUUCUUUUCAUGAUUGCAUCGAACAAAAGUUUGUUUUCUGUAUCGAAUGAUGAGAUUCGAGUUUGUUAGCCGUGGAUAACUGGUGCUUUAUGUUUGGAUAUUACUCUGUGUUGUCUGAUAGUAGGUGCUUUAUGUUUGGGUAUUUCUCUGUGCGGUCUAGAUAAUAGCCCUAUAAUGUAUGGAUAUUACUUUGUGCUGUCUGGAUAACAGGGGCUUCAUGGUUGGAUAUUACUCUGGCAUUUUGGAUAAUAAUUUAAUGUGCUUGCACGCGUUUUUUCAGCGACCAAAACAAAGAAGGAGUCAUGAUCAGUAAAUAUAGUGAUUAGGAGUUUCUUCUUCAUGCAUCGACUAAAUGCAACAAACAACCAUUCAAACGACGGAGUAGUCUCGUCAUACAUCAAACAAGCACCAAACACACAAGUUUGACGGUGGUGAUUGAAACCUACAAACAUCCCUACACAAGACAACUAUUAAUGACAAUGCAUAACCGAACAAAUGUCGAAAAAACUCAAAUGAAUCAGGUGAUGAAUAGUAAACAACAUAUAAUAUCCAUACUGCACAGAGCAAUGUCACAGAACAUGCCCAAAAAUAUAGGUAAAGUCUGGAACAAUAUCCUGUAAAACCUAAAUAAUACCCAUACUGGUAUAAAAAAAUACCCUGGUUCCUCUCAUAUUAUUAUUGAUUCAUGGGCCUUCGGCCCAUGGGACCUAGGCGGGCAACCCUAACUAAGGUUGCAAGCCUUAUGUGUUAGGUCUUGAUAGUGUCACAGUAUAUGUCAAUCAAUAUCAGUAAAGCCCAGACUAAUAUUGUAUGAAAGGUUACUAAUACCCUUCGUGUUACAAAUAAAUAUCCUGGCAUCACAUGUCAAUAUCAUACCACAACAAACCACUUCUAUUCAUAAUCAUUUCUGUAAUAUAACUAAAACAUCAGAGAGAGAGAGAGCGGAAUGGGAUUUGGGUGGAUGUGUCAUUUAAUUCCAAGCAAUUACAUUUUCUCUUUCCAUAUUUUUCUUUUUCUUUACCCAUUUUAAUCACAAAACUGGGCCCCCUUUUUUCCACUUUAUCCCGCCCAAACAUUGGCUUCUACCAAGCUUUCCCCCAUCAGGGCUAAAAACCCCACAAGAAGCCACUAAAAUGGGCUGUCUCUUGCAACCGUUGGAUCUCGGCUGAGCUUGCGUGGACAACAUCCAGUUCGUGUCAGCAUCUCCUAACAAAAACAUUAGUUAGGAGACUAACUUUUUCGUGGGAAAACGUGGUGAAUUUGGAAUAAAGGUAGUUGGUCAGAGAGAGAGAGAGAGAGAGAGAGAGAGAGAGAGAGAGAGAGAGAGAGAGAAAAAGAGCUGAAUCCGAUUCCAGACCAGCCACAUUGAUCGGUUAUCAUAUAAAGCAUAUUAAUUGGAAGAGUAUCCUUCUUACCAUUAUCAACGGUCCUCGCAGGCUAGCACCAAAUUGUUUCUUUCAGCUCGGACAUCAAUUUGUUCUCCCAGUCCCAACUCCCAGGUCCGCUUCUAGCCCUUCUCUAGUCUUUUAGUGAUCUUUCAACUUGUCUGGUCUUUAGAGAGUGCCAUUGUUGUGAUUGAUUAAUGAACACAAACGAGUCUGUCUGCGUUUCCCUCUUUUGGGUUUCUCGUAGUUGAUUUGCCGUUGAUCCUGGAAAAAGAAAGGAAAGAAAUCUAGUUGGUGGGUUAAGAUAGUUGGCUAACAUAGAUAGUUUGAACUUUUGAGUUGAGAAAUCGGAGCCUUACUAACGUGGCCUGGACAUUAAAGAUCCAUGGCUGAGUCUGCUGCUGCUGGGAAGAAGCUUAUCCGCGUGGAUGUGAGUUCAGACACUAUAUGCCCAUGGUGUCUUGUGGGAAAGAGAAACCUGGACAAAGCUAUAGCUGCCUCCAACGAGAGAUUCAAUUUUGAGGUCAGAUGGCACCCUUUUUUCCUCCAUCCUUCUUUACCUAAAGAAGGGAUGAACAAGUUGCAAUUUUAUAAGGACCUUUGUGGACCUCGAGUUGAUGGAGUUGUAGCAAGGAUGACUGAGGUCUUCAGAGGUCUUGGUCUCAACUAUAACUUAUCGGGCCUCACGGGAAACACUCUAGAUAGCCAUAGGCUUAUAUAUUAUGCUGGAAAGCAGGGUUCUGAUAAGCAAAAUGACCUUGUGGAGGAGCUGUUCCUUGGCUACUUCACUCAGGCUAAGUACAUUGGAGACAGAGAAUUUCUUUUGGAAUGUGCUCAGAAGGUUGGCCUAGAAGGAGCAGCCGAAUUUCUCGGUGAUCCCAAUAAUGGGCUCCAAGAGGUGAUGGAAGACCUCGACAAGUACUCCUCAAACAUUACCGGAGUCCCAUACUACGUGCUGAAUGGGAAGGUCAAGUUGAGUGGUGGACAGCCAUCAGAGGCAUUCCUGAGAGCUUUUGAGGCUGCUGCAAAUUGAUGAACUGAGAUUCCAGCCCCUGACAAGAGUCUAUGUAUGUGUGUAUCAAUAAAGGAGCUACAUAUAACGCUCAAAUUAGGCUGCACGGAAUUCUAUUCGUGUGUUAUGAAUAAAGGACCUACACCUGCAUAUAAUUGUUGUAUUCUUGUCAUGAACACUAUGAAAAUUAUGUGAAAUAAUGAGAGAUUGUGAGCCUGCGUGAGUUCCUGUGCUUAAUGUAUGAACACAACAAUCCCACUCCGACAAGAAAGUUCCUUCUUUUGGUUGGUUGAUGAAUAAAAGGUUGUGUUCAUA